GUGUGUGUCUUCCCAAGUCCCACCCCUGUGCUGCGUCCACCCACGGAGCAUUGGCUCCUGCUUCUCCUGCUCUCUUGGGAGCUGUGGGAUGUCGCUGGAGGUGGAGGACAUCCCUGUCCUGGGAGGAGGUGGAGGUGCUUGGAGGAGGGAGAUGUCUGCAGAGGGGUUGGAGGGGCUCACAGAAAGCAGCCCACGUUUCCCUCAGCACCAGCCCAGCUCACACCCCACAUGCCAGGGGCUGGUGCUGGAGGAAGGCUCCUGCCCAGACUGUGCUGUGCUGGCCAAAGGCUCGUGGUCCUUUUGGGAGCCUUUGGUUGCCUCUCUGCAGCUGAUCCCCAGUCCAAGGUGGUGUCCUGCCAGCACAGUGCGUGACCAGGCUGAGCAGCCCAGCCCUGGGUUGUUUGGGGUCUGUGCUUUUAUUUUGCUCUUUAAAUCUCUUCGUUGCCUCUUGCAAUCAAUCUCCCUCCAGAAGAGAGCCCAGAGCCUUGAAAUCACUCUAAGCCUGUUGCUGCUCACAGCAGCCACUUCCCGGAGGUUUAAUCCCAGCCACGGCUCCCUGCUGGCAUUCCUGGCUGGUGACAGGAGCCUGGCUGGUGGCAGGAGCCCUCCUGCUGCCCUUGCCUUGGCACCUCACCCCAGCUCCAUGGGGACAUCUCCCGGGCGUGUGUCACCUCCAGAGCCCAGGCAAAGGAGCCAGGAUCCCUUUCUGGAAUGGCCUGCAGAGCUCUCAGCUGGCCCUUCCUGCCUGCAAGCAGCCACGUGA